AGGUUAGAGAGAGGAGCAGCAGCACCGGGGAGCUCCCAUAUGAUCCUGCUGUGUCCGGUGUCACUCCUGGUGUCGCGCCUGUUGCGAUACACAGAGCUGUGAUAUUUCUCCCGAGCACUACCACGGCGCCACUUCCCACUUGGAGGAACAGGGGGGGUCGUUGUUCAGCAUUUUGCUAUGCGGGAGUGUUGUGGUCCAAGCAGAAACUGAGGUUAUGCUAUGACUGGCUUCAGACUCCCCAUCAGCACUUUCAGAAAACUAAAUGUCUGGUUUGGACUGUGGGAGAAAUUUCCCUCAAAUAAACUGUAUCCCACUUGGAGGAGAAGCUUAUUCUGUAGCUGUCAAGCAAGCACAGUAAACUACAGAAGAUGUUUCAGUUUCUCCCCAGUCAGACUCAGUGCACUAAGACUCUCUCCAGAGUAUAUCUCAGUACUUUCUCUGCGCAACAAAAGCAGCAAAAGCUCUAAAAGAAGCAGACAAAGCGUACAAGAGGAGGAGGAGGAAGAAGAGGAAGAAGAUGAAAGUAAUUUGGAAGAUGAAUUUGAAAAUGACCCCAAUGUAGUGAAAGAUUACAAGGAUCUUGAAAAAGUAGUGCAGUCUCUUCGAUAUGACGUGAUCUUGAAAGCUGGUCUAGACAUGGCAAGAAAUAAAGUAGAAGAUGCAUUCUACAAUAAUGAACUCAGGCUGAACGGAGAAAAACUAUGGAAGAAAAGUAGAACUGUGAAACUUGGAGACACACUGGAUCUCAUAAUAGGUGAAGAUAAACAAACAGGAACUGCUGUAGUUAUGCGGGUAGUCUUAAAAAAAUUAUCGGACAAAACUGUAAGUGAAAAAUACAAAGUCAUUUUGAGGCGUUGGAAAAAUUUAAAAGUGCCCAAACAGGAUGUACUUAAGUAACAAGGGGUUGCAUGUGGCAGCAUAAGAUUUUUGCAGAAAAACAUAUUUUUUUGUUAAAUAUGAAUUUUGGUUGAACAAAAUUACAGUACCCUUUUUUAAGGGCUUGUGUCAGAAUGGUAUCUUGCUCUGCUGCGUACAUCAAUAAUCAUGCAAUAAAGCCUGUCACUUUUUGCUGUUAGCUUUGUUUUGUGGUACUGUAAGUUAAAAGAUCCAACACUUACAUUUCCAGGAAAUUUCUUAUAAAUAAUGAACCAAUAAAGACUGAUUUGAUCACUA